GGGAGAGGGCGCUCUACAUUUGAUUUCUUUUCCCCCACCAUUAUUUUCAUUUUAUUUCAUUUUAUUUUAUUUUUUUCGUUAAUCUCAAGAAUUAAAUCAAUUUCGAAAUGCCUCGCCAAACUAGACGUUCUGCCCCUGUUAAGCAACAAACAAGACAAGCCCAUACCAUGCCUGUAAGACAGGCACCUCCACCCACAUCAACAGCAUCUAAGCCUGCUACUACACCUACAUCUACGCCUACGUCUCAACAACAUGCUAUGACUCCUAGUGCACCUCCUGCUACACCCGCUGCCCCUAGCUAUGCUCAAGCUGCACCUCAACAACCUGGUUUAUUUGCACAAAUGGCCACUACUGCUGCUGGCGUCGCUGUUGGUUCCGCUGUAGGUCAUACUUUAGCUAAUGGUGUUUCUUCUAUUUUUAGUGGUGGAUCUUCUUCUGAACCCGUUGCUGAACAGCCACAGCAAACAUUUGCUCCUGCACAACCUGCUAAUGUGUCAGGAAAUGCUUGUGAAGCUGAUGCUAAGGCAUUUACUAACUGUCUUGAAACUAGUAAUAAUGAUAUUAGUGCCUGUCAAUGGUACCUCGAAGCACUUAAAUCAUGCCAACGAAUGGCUGCCAAUUAUUAGAUUGUAAACUACAUACAUUUAUAAUAAAAAUAUAUAAAGUUUAUUUCUUUUUUUUUUACCCCACAUUGUUCACACGAGCACGUGAUAUAAAAUGACAUUUAUAACCCUCUUAAAG